ACACACACACACUGGAGAAUUCACAGUGUUCUCCUCUUACAGUAGGAGUCUGACAGCAGUAUUUAUGAAUCUCUGUACUGAUUCGGUCUGAGCCACACACACACUCAGAAUAAACAGAAACGCGUUUUGCUUCGGUGACCAAGCGUGAAUUGAAUGAUGGAGUCUUGUGUAAAGUGCAGGGGUGAUGUUCACAGCUCAGAUCAGGCCUGUCAGGCUAUGGGUCAAAUAUUUCACAUCAGCUGCUUUACCUGCUGUGUCUGCAACAAACAACUGAAAGGAAAGGCGUUUUAUUACUUCUCAGGAAAGAUGUUCUGUGAGGCAGAUUAUUUGUAUUCCAGCGUCAAACAGUUUGCAGAGGUCUGCACAUCCUGUGGAUAUUUGAUCUCAGAUACGUUGAUCCAGGCUUUGGGAAAAUCUUUCCAUCCCGACUGUUUCUGCUGUGUUGUCUGUAAAGAGAAGCUGGAGGGACAGCCAUUCAAUGUUGACACACAAAACAAGCUAUACUGUGUGAAAGAUUAUCAAAGGUUUCUGGCCCAGGUGUGUGCAGCGUGUGGACUGCUCAUUUUACCCUCUGAGGGUUCAAAUGAGAUUGUACGAGUGGUGUCCAUGGGAAGAAACUAUCAUGUGUCUUGUUAUGAAGGCAAAAACGACAUUUGAUCAUUUGAUUGUUAUCUAACCUCUUUGAUUGUGUUCAGUGUCUCACUUGAAGUGAAACAAAACAACUAUAGAAAACUAUAUAAAAAUGAAUUCUUAUUUUACACUGAAAAACUUGAAUGUUAUGAAAGUGGACAUGAUGGCAUGUUUUUUUCUUGACAUGUACAAUGGUAAUAGCAUAUAAAUUGUUAAUAUUAUGAAUAUGAUAAUCAUUUAUGGUGCAGCCACACUACUUUUGUACAGAUAAUAAUGUUGAUAUUUAUUCCUGAACUUGUUGCCAAAUCCACUAUUAGAGGAAUGAUAUUUAGAAAUGUUUAUAUAUAAAAUAAUCUCAGUUCAAUCUUUUAAUUUAUGACUUUAUUUAUUGUAAUGAAAAUGUAAUAAAGUUAGUUCUGCAAUCUUUUUUUUCACGAUACAUUUUCACAAUUUGUGAACAGCAAUAAUGGCGAAGUAAAUAAAAAAGGUAGAAUUAAAUAUAUAAUAGAAUAUAAAAUAAUAUUAAUAAAAAUAUUAUUAUCAUAACAUAUAUUAAUUUUUUGCAUUUUUGUUUAUUGAAAACUUUAUAAUUUCUAAAUAAACUUUAAAGGCUGUUUGGAAAUAAGAAAAUGAGCUGUGCUUAUUGAUGGAAGAAUCAAUAGAACACCAUACACGCUGGCGACACCUACUGGUCAAAAUUGUGUAAAAGCAACAAGAUUUGAUCAAACAUUUUACACUUUUACAAAAUCAUAGCAAGA